AUGACUGCAUCUGACGAAUUUGAACUUCUUAAUCUUGCAGAAUAUAAAGUGGCACUUAUAUGUCUUUUAAAAAGAGAUGAUCUUGAACUUGAAGAAAUAGAUUAUUUAAUUAAGUGGAGUAUUGCUAAUUCUAAAAAACUUCAUGAUGAUAAUAUCUCGGAUUUGUCUGAUGAAGAUAGUUGGUCUGAUAAUCAAUUUGAAAUGCCGUAUUCCAAUGAAACUUCAGAUAGUUUUAUUUUUUCAUUUACUGAUCCAUCAAAUCCAAUAUUAAGGCCUUGUUUUGGAGCUGAUUUAUGCAUGGAUUUCAAUUGUUGGAGUUAUGCACAUGCAGAUUAUUAUUACAAAAUAACCAAUUUAAGUCAGCUUACUGUUGAUGAAUAUGAAGUUUUUACAGUUGAUAAUUUUAAUCAAAGCAUAAAUGCAGUGCUAAAAACGACUAUGAAGCUG